GGCAAUUCUACGAAAACAAAACACAGUUGUCUCAAAAUGAGUUGACAAAUAUCUCAGAAGUAUAAUCGCUGAUUUAAGUAACGUAAAAAUGCACAUGCAUAUGAUGAUCUGCAUAAGAUUGUCAGUUACGAUUGUCAGUUACAGAUACUUUCUUUGUUGUUUUUUUCGUUAGAAACAGUUGACAUGUUUACACAGAGAGUAAUCAGCAGAGUUGAAGACUUCUGUGAAAUAGGAUCUUGAUUCGCGAAAACGUGCCUUGUAAGUGUUUGAAAUAAUGGGAGAAGAAACCACUACCGAUGGAAGCUUACAGAUACAUCAAAGGUUCGAAAACGAAGGCGAUAUAGAAAGCCCGACAUGCGGAUUAGUCUCCUGGAGACCAAGCUUUCUUCAGCGUUUUGCCAAGGCGAAAUGGUUUCUGCUGUUCCAAUGUUGGUUCGUCCUAGCACAAGGCAUGAUCGUUUCAGGGUUUCAGGGAGUUGUAAUUUCCUCACUGGAGAGACGUUUCUCGUUAAAGACAAACGAAAUUGGAGUUAUCGUCAGUUGUUACGACAUUUCUGCCGCAAUCAUGGCCAUCUUAGUGAGUUACUACGGCCAUCACCAUAAACCGAAGUGGCUCGGCAUUGGAGCAUUCAUUUUAGGAAUUGGAUGCUUCUUAUUCGCUCUCCCACAUGUUCUCGUUGGCCGAUACGAGCCAGGUUCUAGUGCGACAAAUCUUUGUUCUACGGAUUCCCUUCCGUCAAACUUGAUCUGUAGAAGUUCAGUCUGGUAUCACAUAUUUGUCUUUGUGCUCGCGGAGUUUUUUAUCGGAAUCGGAGCUACCCCCGUGUAUAUUUUGGGGACUGCAUUCAUCGAUGAGAAUGUCCGCCGCACCACGUCGGGAUUGUUUCUUGGAAUUAUGUACGCUGUGGCAACGUUUGGUCCUGCUGUGGGGUUUCUGCUUGGAGGAGAAUUUCUCAGGAUAUAUGUUGAUAUCAAGCAGGUAUUAUGGUAAUGAUGUCUUCUUUUAGAGUUUGGAUCAGAAUUUCUGGUAGAUAAGUGACAUUUACCUCAUGGGAAGCUACCCAGGAAAACCGAAUAGAGUACUCCUUCAAAAUUUUAUAGGCAGGUGCAGCAUGCUCAAUGAAUUCUGAACCUUAUUCCUGUCAAAAGAUCUGUAAAUUUCCUUACAUAAUUCAGAUUUGAUUAUGGAGUAAUCUGGAUGAUCUACAAAUUAAGUGAGCUCUGAGUAGUUGUAGGGUGGGUCAGUGGGCAAAACACCUCCUUCUCCCAAGAACAUUUUUUUGUCUUGUUUGCAGACAAGUAAAACUUAAAUGUAGGCUGGCUGUAUGCUGGCUUCAGGCUGGAACAACACAGGCAAUCUGUUACAAAAAUAGAGCUCUCUAUAAAGAGUGUUAAUGGUCAUGCAAGUUUAUAUCUAUGAUCAGAACAUAGGAUUAUGAAAAAGUUGUUAAUUAAAAUAUUGUAUCACUUACAAUAAACACUUUGAUCCCUAACAGUGACUAGCAUCUAAUUUCUCCUUACCAUAUCACCCUGGAAUCAAACAAUAAGGUCACGAGAAUAAAGGAAAUGAUCACCUAUUAAAGAGGCUCUUGACUGUUAAACAAAUUCUCUUUUUCUUCACCUUAGGGGAUAUAUAGAGAACAGUGAGGAGAAUAUAUAUACUGAUGUGUGGAUGUCAAGGGUUAAUGCUGUUCAUGUUUCUCAAAUUUCAGCCAGAGGGUGUAAGUCUUACACCUGAGGAUUCAAACUUUAUUGGGGCAUGGUGGAUGGGGUACAUCCUUGGUGGCUCACUGUCCAUCAUAGUCAGUCUUCCUUUGCUUGCAUUUCCAAGAGAGCUUCCAGGAACACCACAAAUCCGGGCUGAAAAACAGAGAUUUUCAGAUACUGUGGAGGAUGACAACAUGCCACAUACGCUGAAGCAGCUACUUCCCUCACUUAAGUCACUUCUUACGAACAAGCCUUUUGUAUUUCUUUCUCUUGCCUCAGCAUUUGAGGGAUUUGCUGUGGGCGGUUUUUCUACAUUUUUACCCAAAUUUGUUGAGGCGCAGUUUCGUAUCUCAGCUGGCCUGGCAAGCACAUACACUGGCCUAGUGGUGGUACCAGGAGGGUGUGGAGGCAUGCUCUUUGGAGGUUAUCUUGUAAAAAGAAUGAAAUGGACUUGUGACAAGACUAUUAGAGCUUGUUUUGUUAUUGCCUGCUUAGCAACACUCUGGGCAGCAGGACUGUUCUUUGGGUGUCCCAACAGAGUAUUUGUGGGUGUAACAGAUCCAUACAUUAACAGGUAUUGAUAACCUGGAAUUUGUCUGCUCUUAAGUGUCUUUCUCUUCUUAUCAUGGUGUACUCUCUUGUUUCAAACACUAAGAGAUUGCUGUGCAGGUUUGAGAUUAACUCCCCCUGUAGAAAGUGUGUGUGGGUCUGUCCACUAGUAGGCUAUUGGGAAAAAAUUGUAUUUUCUCAAAUAAAUGCCCAUGCUUUAACCCUUUAACCUCUAAGAGUGACUAGCAUCUAAUUUCUCCAUACAAUAUCACCACUGAAUCACACAUUAAUGUCAUGAGAAUAAAGUAAAUGAUCACCAACUGAAGGAACUCUUGAUUGUUAGACAAAUUCUCCUUGUCAGCACCUUAGUAAAUGUACAGACAACAGUAUGGAGAGUAUGAAUAUUGAUGUUAGGGUGUAAAGAGUUAAUAAGCUCCCUCUACCAAAUAGGAGCAGAUAAUCGAGGCUAAACUGUAUAUGGUUUUGCGUGAAAUGUGUUUUAAACAUUUCCUUAUGUAUCAGUCCUAGGUCAUCACUUAUCAAUAUUACUUCUUCCUGUAAUGCUGCAUGUAACUGUGACGUUAAGUACUUUUCACCUGUUUGUUCCAAACAAGAUCAGCGAACAUUUUACUCUCCUUGUUACGCUGGCUGUAAGGCAGAUGACAGAUUAGGCAACAAAGUAAGUGUUGUACAGGGAUUUCUUUGAUUAACCUUUAAACCUCCAAGUGAUUAGCAAUUAAUUUCUCCUCUUGGAAUCACCCCUAAAACAAACCUUGAGGUCAUGAGAAUAGAAGAAAUGAUCACCAACUAAAGAAGCUCUUGAUUGUUAAACAAAUUCUCCUUGUCAGUACUAUAGGAAAUGUAUAGAGAACAGUAUGAAGAAAAUGUAUUCUGAUGUGCUGUAAGCUAUGGAGUCAACAUAGUUUUUGUGGCUCAGACUUCAUGACGACCAUUUAUCCAAGCAGGAUUAAAAGAGAUUUUGAAACUUAUGGUACAGACCACGAAAACGAGGUUAUUGAGAUAUUUGUUUUAACUCUGGGUUCAAUUAGAGGAGGUAGAUUUCAGUUCAAACAAACUGUGUUAUGAAAUGAGGGCACACUAAAUUGACCAAUCAUAUUGCACAUACUAACUGAGAGAUUACAGAAAUGUACAGCAAUGUCCUGAAUGUAUUUCAGCCAGUGAAAACUUCACAGUAACGGGAUAAUUUUCCAAUUGCAGUUUGCUAAGAAACUCUCCCAUUUUACAAGCUGUGACAAGAUAGUGACAAAAACUAAUUGCAAUGAAAUUUGAUGAAUAAUAAUUUUUUUUUUUUUUUACAUGCAGGGUUAUCAGAACUGUAGCUGUUUUGUGACGCAAUCAAAUGAGGGAAUUGAAGGCAGUGGAUGUCAACCAGAAUGCAAUAACCUUGCUCCCUUCCUUUUCUGCCUUUUUGGUCUCAUGGUUUUUACAUUUUCAAACAACAUCCCAGCAACUACAGCAACUCUCAGGUACAAUUUGUGAUUUUUAAAGAAAUAGAUUGUAGUUAGACAGUCGAGGAAGGGAGGGGGGGGGGGGUCUCCUCUUGGGGUACAGGCUGAGAUGUUUAUUUCUAGUAAAACAAUUUCUUAAGAUUCUCAUGGUGGAAAUGCAAAUGCACUUCUUGAGCUCUGUCAGUAGAAGUCAUUCAAUCAGUCAGUCAGUCAGUCAGUCAAUCAGUCAGUCAGUCAGUCAGUCAGUCAGUCAGUCAGUCAGUCAGUCAAUCAGUCAAUCAGUCAAUCAGUCGAUCAGUCAAUCAAUCAAUCGCUCAAUCAUUUACUAUAUUUAAGCAUAUUUGACAGUUUGCAGCCUUUCCAAACAUCUAGGCAGUUUGGAAAGCCACAAAACUCUCGAGCAAAAAUUUAUUUUUCAAAUUGCCACUUUUAAUCCCACAGUAUCAUCAAACACUUUCAUUUAACUAAUUUAUUUUUGUGUUUCAACUCAGUCAGUUAGUCAAUAAUUUGACCAUUCAGAAUGCACUGUGUUCUCUGAGACAGAAAAUAAGAAGAAUGCAAGAAUUUUUCAAAUUUCUUCCUUUAGCAUAAGUUUCAAAAAUGAUUUUGAUUAGGUGUAAACUUUAAUUUUGUUGCAUUAUUGAAACUAAAUUAUGAAAUUGAUAAAGAUCCAUUCUCUUUAUGUUGUUUGUCAUAAAUGAGUUAUGAUUUUAAGAUGUAUUUUCCUUGCCCUUAGAUGUGUUUCAGAAAGCCAGGGAUCAUUUGCUCUGGGCAUAAACCAGCUUAUUGUCCGUAUUUUGGCCUUUAUUCCUGCCCCAAUUGUGUUUGGAUAUGUGAUUGAUGCUGCAUGUAAACUGCAUCAAGAGGACCCUUGUGAUCCUGGGGCUAAGAGGAACUGUUUGGAAUAUGACACUGAUUUGUUCAGGUUGGUUUACACCAGAAUACAGUCAAACUUACCCCACCCUAGCUCUCCCCUUCCCCCCCCCUUUCUUGUCAGAAUGAUGGGUUUUCAUAAUGACAGCUCCAUUUUUUUUCCUCUAUAAAACCUUCAAAGUUUAGAUUCUUCAGACAUUUUCCUCAAAGUCAUUGGAAAAAGGAUCAAUCCUUCAGAUUUAAUCUUUUUUAAGGGAGAAUUCAGAUUCCUGCAAUCUUUUUUUCGGAGGGGGCCAGAAGGGAAUUGGAUUGCUAAAAAAUGAAACAUUUAGUAUGAAGAAAGCAAAGUCUCCUAUGAAAGAUGCAUGGAAAGGGAAACCAUUCUGUUCAAAUUUAUAUAGGAGGAUUGGGGUAUGGAAUCUGGGCAGAACAUAAAAAAGGGCUACUUCUCUUUUCUCUCCAUCUUAGUAUCGAUUUUUAUUGAGUCAACCCUUUAACUUCCAUGAGUGAUCAACACAGAAUUUCUCCUCACAAUAUCAGUACAACAUCAAACAGACUAGUGAUGAGAAUAAAGAAAAUAUCAAUGAGGGAUAUCAUUUGAUCCAGCACUAAAUUCUCAGAACUGACAUCAUAAGAAUUGUAUGGAAGACAGCAGGAAGAAUUACUAAUGAGAUCUUGAAAGCAGAAGGGUUAAAAUCAUUUUCUUAAGUCACUCUUAAAUUGUGUGCAGGUAACUGACAAGAUGGAAAAUGCACAUUGCCUCUCAUUUCACAACUGAAAGAAUAUUCCAUUUCUUGCUAGGUAUCUGAUGUUAGCUGUUGGUGGUGGUUUCAAGCUUUUAUCUGCAGUAGCUUUCUACUUUGCAUGGAAAUUUUACAAACUGCCAUCCCAGAGUCAGUCGAAUGAGGGUUUGAAUCGAGAGUCUGCUUCAUCACAAAUAACGAUUGUUGAUGGACACACCAAAAAAAUGCCUGAAACAGAGUUGAUUCCUGUUGCACAGUUUAUUACAGUUUCAGAUUCUGGGCAAGAAAAACCACUUCCUAGCAAAGAUUUUGCAAGGACAACCAAUGUUUAGAUACAAUAAACAGGCAACUCCCUUAAAUCAGAAUUGAAAAAUAUAUAUGCUUCCUGGUUACACAAUUGUUGAGUCACCUAAAAGUAUUAUACUCCAUACACAGUUAUUGAAUCACUUGAAGGGCACAAAAUCUUUCGCUCUCAAAAUUCAACAUUUUAUAUUAUAAAAUAAUUCAAAUAGUACGUGCGCUCUGAUUGGCCAUAAAACCAUUUUACAUGAGCAUAUGUAAACACGGUUUUCAUUCCUCUUUCAUUAGUUAUUUUAUAAAAGAAAUGUAAAAUGGUUUCCGUGUUUACUUAGCCUGAUGUAAACACUUGGGAAGUUGGGAGAACACUUGAUAAGCUGGAAACCACUCUGCUUCGUGUCAUGGUUUCUUAUGCUUAUCUCAUGUUCUCCCAACCUCCCGCGUGUUUACAUCAGGCUAUGUAAACACGGAAACCAUUUUACAUUUCUUCAUUUUCAUUUCAGUAUAAACCACGCAGUUGAAUAGUGCUUUUUGCAUUUGCUGAUUGGUUAAUUUGGAAGUGAGUAGCAAGCACUAUUUACUUCUGAGCUGUCAAUAAGACAAAAUCAUGCAUCAGGAGUUAAGUUUUGACCAUAUAAUUUUGGUAUAUUGAAAGAAGUAAUUAAAACUAAUUUUUUGGUUUCUGUUUGGGGCUGAGUAAUGGUGGAUAUUUAUUGUGGGUCGGUAAUGAUUGUCAAUUAAUUAGCAGCUGCUGUAGAUAUAAUUUUGAUGAUGAUGAGUAAUUGUACAGUUACAGCUUAGAGUUGACAUCAAAAUGACAUGGAAGGAACAAAAAGUAUGACAUCAGCUGGGCAUCUGAACUCUGACUAAUAUAUUAUAGGCAACAAACUACAUGUACCCCUGUGGGGUGUGGCACUGAAACAUUUUCCUACCUUUGAGGAGAAUUUUUAAAACUUACUUGACUGUACAGUUUGAUCUUCAGUAAAAAAAUUGUACCUAACCUGACUCUUCAUCCAAUGUAAUAUGCGCAUAUUAAUAUAAUAAUGAUGUUAGUAUUAACUUUAUCAAUAUUAUCAUCAUUGUUUGAACUCAUCAUCUCUUAUUAAUAAAAUUGAUUCACUUAACUUCACCUCUAUUCACUCUGAAUUCAAUUACAAGUUUUUUCAAUCGUUUUCCAAAGUAAAUGUCUGUCAUUUUCUUCAUUCUAAGUGUGAUAGUUAUUUGAUACUUUUUGACUUUUAUCCAAAUUAUUUUUCAAGUCAUGCCUAAUUUAACUUAUUUGUCAAAUUGUGAAAAAGUUACUAAGAUAUGUUUCUCAACUCCAGUUUAAUCAUGUUGACUAAUGAAGAUAAUAAGUUUUAAAUGUAAAAUUCAUUCUCAAAAGUAGGAAGACAAUCAGUGUUCACAAUAGCAAGUGAAAAUUGGCUGCAACUUGUGCAAGAUGCAAACUCAACAAACACAAGCUGGUAUUCCACAGCAAGGAACCUGUCUCUCUCUAACUUGCAAUGUUUCAUCCUUGUCAAACAUAUCAAGCACUUAACCUAGGUUGGCUUAUUGAAAAAGGAACUAUCAAUUGUGUGAUUGGCAAGAUAGACACAUUUAGAUGAUGUGACUAUUACUGAUAACAAUGAAUUUGCUCCUUAACUAUUUAUAGAAUAGAUUCCUCGUUGUUGUGAGUCUUGCAGGAGAUGUCUAAGAACAUUAGUGAUACACUUAGCUGCAUCUGGGACAUUACUUUUUUGUUCUCACCACAUUUUGACAUCAUCUGUGAUAUAUUACUAAACAGAUGCAUGGCAUCAUAGAAUCUAUCUGUCAAAUAGGUCACAAAUAGCUUCAAAUUGUUAUUAACCCUUCCAACUCCCAGAAGUGAUUGACAUGUCUCUCUUGACAACUUCUCCCCAUAAUAUCCAUACAUUAUCUCACAAACAGGUUAUGAGAAUACUUAAACUUGUCAGGCAAGGUUGUCCUCAUGAUCUAACACCAAAUUCUCAUACCUAAUUUAUAAUGAUACAUGUAGUAGCUAGAGGGGAGAAUUAGCAACCAGAUCUUGGGAUUUAAAGGAUUAAUCACUGUGCCACAGGGAUACCAGCAUCACUCACAAAAUUAGAUAAGAGAAAGAACAAUAAAACAAAGCUCAACAUUUAAUGAUGUUUACUAACCUUUACAUAACAAUUACAUAAAAGAAACUGUACCCACACUUUCCCAGAACUAUUCUACACAGUAAUAAAUUAGCUUUAA